AUGCCGGUUGUCGUGCUCUGCGGCUUGCCUCGAGCAGGCAAGUCAGCGCUGGCAAAGCGAAUCGCUGAAGCAGCACCACCACACCUUAAACCAGUGACGAUACUCUCAGAUCGCGGCAUAGAGGACUACGCUGAGCCGCAGCGCGAGAAGACUGCGCGCAGUCGUCUGCGUGCAGCCUUGGAGCGUGCACCUUACCGCGAACGUCUGGUGAUCGUAGAUGCUUGCAAUCUCGUCUCUGGUUUUCGCUAUGAGCUAUGGUGCGUGACCCGCGUGCCCGCUGGAAAGCGUCAAGAGUCAAUACCUCACGUGACAGUACUUAUUAGAAGUAAGGCAGACGUUUCUGAAGUCUCCUGUGCUCAUAGUCCGCCGGGAUACCAGCGCUCCACUGCCGACCGGCCUUCGGCUGCAGCAGUGGGCCCAACGCGUCUUGUUGUCGAACCCGAACUGACGUCGCCGGAGAGGAUCGGGCACGAGCCGCAAGCGAAAAGCGCCCGGUCGGCGAACGCAGAUGCUUUGCGCUCUGUUCUGAACGGGCGAUGUGAAGUGGCAGGUCCCAGACAACAGCCUCAAGCGGACAGCGACGUGGCAGCGAACAUUGCCCGGGUACGAGAGCGCUUCGAAUGGCCAGACCCGCAAGGCCAACGAUGGGAUCGACCGCUGUUCACCAUGUCAUUGAAGGAGAGGGUUUGCUCGUACGAAACUCCGGAUGGGUGCACGUUCUUCGAAGAAACGCAAUGGGUCGCUUCCAUCUAUGAUUGGAUUUCAGGAGGCACUGCUCGGAAGGAUUUCAAAACGACGUCACGAAUGACGAUCGCGACGCGUCAGACUCGCGUUCAAUCCGCGGAUAGCUACUUCGAAAGCGAGAUCCGCAAAAUCGAGGACGCUAUUAUCCAAGUGCUCUGCGCCGGAGAUGAGGGCGAGCAUCAACACCCCGGAACGGUGUAUACGUACGACAAGUGUCCGCUUCGCCUUCCUGAAUCGUACUUGCGACGGAUUUUCCUGCUCGCGAAUCAAUCCAGUCGCCUGUAUACGGUAUCGCAAGAUUUGCGUGCACAUCGUCAUCUCUUUGUACGUCGAUAUCAGAAACGACGGGUAGAGCAAGAUUCGAGUGCUUCGGUGCAAGAGUUCAUUCGGUCUCUGGAAGGAUACCUUGAGCUGCGCGACCAACAACGUCGUAGCGAACACUGA